CCCUAAAGUGAGUUGAACGACAAAUUGCAGCAUACACCACAAAACGUUUAAUUUGGGAUCGAAGGGCGAAAAUGCACUAUACAUGUACUAGUACUAGUGCGGCUUUAAUAUGCAAAUACUAGAAAAUCGAAAAAUAAAAAGGAAAAAUACGUAAACUGCUGACCGAGAGAUAUGAAAAACGGGAAUUUUGCUGUAGUACCAAGGUAAGCUGCCAUAUGGCCCCGAUCGACCCUGACCUAUGUGUUUGCAACAAGUACACUUAUAUCGUCACAAUCCAUCCAGAGGUAGUCAGGCUAUUGCUACGGAAAAACACACACACAAACAUACAAACCAAAAACUAUACCUCCAUUUUCCAUGGAGGUAAUAAAUAAGUGGAUAAAUGAAUGGUUGCUGUGUACGUUUGUGUUUGGAGGCAUCAUGGGAUUGAUGACAAAGAACGACAUUGUUUACGUCCAUUACGUCAUUGUGAAGUUGAAAGUGACCUGAGGUGACCUGGAUCAGUCUGCACCAGAUGUGCCAUGGCUACAGCCCAGGUGCACCACGGCGGUCGCUUGUCUCAUCUGUACGGAGCUAAGAGGAGAGACCCCGCCGUCAAACUACAGAAGGUUCUACAGGCAGACAACGUGCUGAGUAAGGACGGGCCGUUUAGUAAGUGCCGCACCAGAUGGAGCACCACCUACAGCGCCGACUACUGGAACUUUCUACUACGGUGGAGUAUUCAUCCGACAUGGACAUCACACAAACAGAAUGAGACUCACUUCCAGCUCGGGUGCGACAGGCUGAAGCCGGUGACGUAUGCAGCCUCCGAGUUUUCCCGAAGACCCGGUCGGCAGGACAUGAAUCCUCAGUUCAACAGAGACAAGCAGCUGGAAACGUCUGUGUACAAGACCUCAUUUACUGGUGCCGACGCUAAAGAGAAGGAUUUAUCUUCUGAGGCACUUUUCCGUGAGAACUGGAACAAGUAUCAGCGUAAGACUCACUUCCAGUUUGGGGACGACUGUGUACAGUUUCAGAUACUUCCAGUGAAGACAAACGUCGCGACAGUUGAUCAGAUGAGACAACCCCUUCGCCUCCCCAGUCUGACGCCUGCCAGUCUGCCCGUGUCCUCCAUCUUCCGGCCCAAAGAUCGCGAGAAGAACGAGAGUUUGAUGUCCACAUACAAGAACCACUACAGCCGCCGGGACAACGGAAAUCUAUUGUACACAUGAAAGUGAUGAUUUCAUUGUCAAGGCAAUAAAAUUUAAAAACUUAACUUAGACCUCAU